GACUGUUUACAGCCUGCCGGUGGACUCUAAAACAGAAGUUACCAAGAAAAGCCUUAGAUGUAUGUCCCUGAUUUUGGUGCUGGGGUUGCUGGUGGCCUGAAAAUAACGGAGCCCCCUUUGAGCUACUGGCCAAGACCAAAGUGGUCUGCUGCGGGGUGGCCUGGCCUCAAGACGCAGAGGCACUCUGUCCACAGCCGGGAGUACUCGGAGGCCCCAAGCUCCUGGCCAGCGCGGCCCCCGAAGUCGACAGGCCCCUUCCUUGUCACUUCUUUGUCCCCUCACCCGCCUCCCGCAUUCGACCGCUUCCUGAUUGGACUCCACAGAAAGGCCGACGGCUGAGGAGAAGUAUGAGCGCCUCCGCCUGUCCACUGCUUCCCAAAGCCCGCUCAAUCCCCGACGUCCUCCGCUAGGCUCCAAGCCACAGGCCCAGGGAGGGCCUCCAAGGUACCACCCACCUACGGGUCACCCAGUCAGGACACUUCUUUCUGGGACAGAGGCGUCACCCCCUAGAGACAGCAGGAAAAUGGUAUCUCCCAGAAGUGACCUCACGUCCUCCAAGAGCGGCUUCCGAUCUUACCGGAAAUGACGAACGAGUCCACCGGAUCGGUGACUACGGAGGGGUCGGUGACUCCAGUGAGGCCGCCGCCACCAUGGGUCGCGAAUUUGGGAAUCUGACGCGGAUGCGGCAUGUGAUCUCCUACAGCUUGUCACCUUUCGAGCAGCGCGCCUUCCCGCACGUCUUCUCUAAAGGAGUCCCCAACGUGGUGCGCCGCACUCGGGAGUCUUUCCUUCGCGUGGUGCCGCCGUUUAUAGCGUUUUAUCUUCUCUACACAUGGGGGACUGAAGAGUUUGAGCGAUCCAAGAGGAAGAAUCCAGCUGACUAUGAAAAUGACAAAUGAGCCACGCAUCCGAAUGACAGUUCCCUGACUCUUAAAAGACCUUUCUCUGGAAGAGGAGUCUGCAUUGUAGUCUCUUAAAGACACAGUAAACUUCCUAUGGUCUGCA